UUUUUCGUAUAAAUGUCAUCACGAGAUCCGACCGUUUCAGUACAAAAUUCCGGUAUACUAUCGCGUUCGCGAAUCAAGCAGCGAAUUAAGUCUUUGCGGUAUAUUCGUUAUCGUUAUAUAAUAGCGAUUCUACUCAGCAUCGGGUCUUUUGCUUACUUCCUCACGUAUUUUUCCUUUCCCAGAUCCUUUAGACACCUUCACGAACUGGGCCCAAACUAUAACUCCAACUACAGCAUCGACUGCAAAUUCGAAAAACACAUAAGCAGAGUGAGGCAUGUGGACGGAGAUUUCUACAAAUGGGGAAAGGAGUUCUAUCAAAUACUCCAGCAGGCACCCGCACUUGGUAUCAUGGUCAGUUCCAUUCCCAGCGGCGUCUUGUCCGAUAAACACGGCGGAAAAUAUUUCGUCUUGGUACCCAUAAUAGUUCUGAGCGUGAUAGAAGUGGUGGUACCCCCGAUGCUAUGUGGUGCUGAUGUAGAGUUCUACGUUUUGUUUAUCUGGGAAUUUCUCAUCGGUGUUGGUGGUGCGAUAGUUCUUUGCGGCACUAACUCGAUUGUGGCCCAAUGGACACCACUGGAAGAGAGAGGAAGACUGGCUUCUAUAGUUUACUGCGGAAUACCGUUCGCUGUUACGUUUCACCAUGGAAUUAACGACAACUUCAUCCUAGCGACGGAAAUGUGGAACGCACCGUUUUUCGUAUACGCGGCUGUUGGAUUAAUCUGGUCUGGGUUCUUUGUGUUCUUCGGGUUUUCCUACUAUUAUACUAAAAACCGAUGGCUGCGACAAGAAGAGCUGGAUUUCCUGAAAAAACAGCUCGAGGAAUCAACAACUUUUAACCGAAAAAAAGUCCCCUGGAGGAAAUUAUUGAAGUCGCUUCCUUUAUGGUCACUGGCCAUUAUGCAUAUUGGGCACCUAUGGAUCUGGCAAGCCAUGUUCAAGAAUGUUCAUUUCUUUUUAAGAUAUGUGCUGUAUUUAGAAUUCCACACUGCCGCCGCCUUAUCUGCCAUUGCAUAUAUGUCGACGACUUGUUUGACGCCGGUGAGUGGAUUUGUUGCAGACUAUUUGACGAAUCGAGGUUACGUCCAGUCGACGACUCUGCGCAAACUCUACACGACUUUUGGUGGCAUGGGACCGGCAGUGUUCCUUCUGGCGGCUGCCUAUUCUGGUUGCUAUAGGAUAAUGGCGGCCUGCUUCUUUAUUAUAGGGACGGGACUGAUGAGUUUCUACUUCAGUGGUACCAGAAUCAACACUUUAGAACUUGCACCGAAUUUCAGUGGAACCGUUAUGGGUUUUAUGAAUACGUUUAACUUUAUUCCUGUUUUAAUUCAGCCAAAAGUUGCAGCAUCUGUAUCACCCACAGAAUCGUUGACGGAGAAAAGGAUGAUGUUCUGGGUAGACUUGGGUAUAAUGGCUUGCGCGAAUUUCGUGUAUAGUAUAUUUGGGUCUGGGGAUGUUCAGUCGUGGAAUUACGAAGGUGAGGAAGAAGAACUGUAUGAGGCAUCAGGUAGUGCCCCCUCUACAUCAAGAUAUAACCAAGUGUUACCUCAACAUCAACCACGAAAUAAAGUAUAACUUUUAAUUGUAAUCAAAAACGUUUAUCAAAAUAGAAACCUUCAAAAUUAA